AUGGAAGCUAAAUUUGUUAAAAUGGAAGCCAUAUUGUUAAAAGUAUUUGUGUUAUCUACAUUAGUCGAAACAAACAUUGCACUGUUCCCGAAAGUUUGUCUUCCCAGCGAAAUAUUUGCAUCAAAGGAAUGCUGUCCUGUGCCAGAGGGAUAUGAGGAUAAAUGUGGUGGACCUGAUCGUGGAUAUUGCAAUGACAUAGUUGUCAAUAUUGUCGAUUCAACGGAUGGUUUUACUGGUGAUUUUGAUCGUUUUCAGUGGCCAACUACAUUUUUCAAUCGAAGUUGUAAAUGUCUCGGUAAUUUCGAUGGACCGGACUGUAGCGACUGUAAGUUCGGCUGGAGUGGAAAAAACUGCACAAACCAGACAACCAGAAUCAGACGUAAUAUCUUGAAAAUGACGGUGGAAGAAGUAGAACAGUUUAAACUUUACCUCAUCAAGGCAAAGAACACAAUCAGUGACUACAUGGUCCCAACAACGUUGUACAGAAACAUGGACGAUGACACGCAACCAAUGUUCACCGAAAUAUCCGUCUAUGAUUUAUAUACUUGGUAUCACUACUAUGUGUCAAGAGAUAACAUCCGGGGCACCAGCAAAGCUAACACGUCCAUUCAUGACGUCACAGCAGAUUUCGCCCAUGGUGGACCUGGAUUUCCAACUUGGCACAGAUAUUUUAUGCUUCUAUGGGAGAGGGCGCUACAGAAGGUUUCUAACAACGAAGAGUUCGCUCUACCUUACUGGGACUGGGCUGGAGAACUAAACUGUACUAUAUGUACUGACACGUAUUUCGGAAAAUCUACAGAUUCUCUACACAACUUCACGGUAACUGGAACGUUCGCAAACUGGCCAGCAAUUUGUUAUGACUUCGAAAACCUUACACAACAUGGCGAGCUGUGUUCCAAUACCAGACCGUCUUUAAACACUCCGCGCAUCCAGCGUAAUCCUGGAGGGAACGAGUCCCCAGAACUCCAGGUUCUACCGAGUAAAGAAGCUGUGUACUACGCCCUCAGUCUUACAGACUAUGACGUAAUUCCAACUAAUUACGUUCCGGUCUACAAUAAUUGGACACAUUCUCCUUGUAGUUUUCGUAAUGUUUUGGAAGGAUUUGGCGAUUCGGAGAACCAGACUGGUCUUCCGAGGGUACACCAAUUACACAAUCAAGUUCAUAUUUAUUUGAAUGGUACAAUGUCAGACGUCCCUAUCGCACCAAAUGAUCCGAUCUUUAUAUUGCAUCAUUCCAAUGUUGAUAGAAUAUUUGAGAAAUGGUUGCGUCGACACAAUGUCACUGCUGAUCAAUUUCCAGACACAUCGACGCCAUUAGGUCACAAUCGUUAUUCCUAUAUGGUACCUUUCUUUCCUGAACGGACCCACAGCGAUUUUUUCAAGAACGCCGAUCAUUUUGGAUACGACUAUGAUGACAUUGAUGAAUUUGGGCUACCACUUGACCCAGUAGAACGUGAAAGGGAAAUAACAGCUGUCAGUCAAAUGAAGAAAUGUACAUUAUCAAAUAAUGAUCCGGGAAAUACGGAUAAAAUUAUAUGGUUUAUUUCUGGAUUAUUCUUUGCUGCCAUCGCUGUACUCGUGAUUGUUAGUAUAAACUGCGUUAGGCGAAGACGUCGACGAAAUUAUCAUCGCUUUACACGCGAUGAUGAAAUAACAGAUAUAUCUAUGUAA